CUUAAAGCACUAUAAAACCCCCUUCCUUCACUCCAAAUUCUCCAUACUAUAAUUUGUACAUUAGGCAAGAUGGCUUCAAAAAGAACAGCAUCGCUUGCCCUCUUCUUUGCCCUCAACGUUCUCUUCUUUUCUCUAGUCAGUGCUUGCGGUUCUUGCCCUUCCCCCAACCCAAAACCAAAGCCUACUCCUUGCCCAUCCCCCUCAGGCAAAUGCCCCCAAGAUACCCUUAAGUUAGGUGUCUGUGCUGAGGUGCUUGGUUUAGUCAAUGUAACUGUUGGUUCGCCCCCAGUGCAACCAUGCUGCUCCCUUCUCCGAGGCCUUGCUGAUCUUGAAGCUGCUGUUUGCCUUUGCACAGCACUCAAAGCUAACGUUUUGGGCAUCAACCUUAAUAUCCCAGUUUCCCUCAGCUUGCUUCUUAACGUCUGCUCAAAGAAAGUUCCAUCUGGCUUCCAAUGUCCCUAAUUAUUGUUUCCAAUUCUUUGUCUUCUUGGUGUUUUGUGUGGCUUUGAAGGUCUAAUUAAGUUAUUAUGGUGAUUGGUAAUUGCUUGUUUCUUAGUGGAUUGAGAUUGAAUAAGUGUACUACUUUCAUUUAUUAAAGUUUGUUCAUCUAGUUUAAAGGAAAAGUAUUCAGUUUGUUUAUUUGAAUAAACCAUCCAUUGUUGACUUGAAA